GAGCGGCGGCGGCAACGUCUCACGUAGCCAAGAUGGCCGCCCCUCUUGACCGAGCGGCGGCGGCGGCGGCUGGAAUGGGGUUGGCUUUGCGGAGGGACCGCUGAGGAGGCUGAGAGUUGCCGGGGUCGCUUCCUUAGCGGUGUGCGGUAGCCUUCGGCUGGGGACAAGCGCACCAUGCGGCGGAGCUAGAGCCGGAGGCUUCCACCGCGAGUAAUGAUGUUAGCUGAGACCAAUCUUUCCAUAUGGGGAUGGGGAAGCCUUGUUAUUCUGCUUUUUCUAAUUACAUUUGGACCAUUUGCUAUAUUUUACUUUGCAUUUUAUAUCCUCUGCUUUAUGGGUGGGGGCUUUGUGAUAACACUCUUAUUUGGAAAAACUAAUUCAGAGAAGUACCUCGAACAGUGUGAACACUCCUUUCUUCCUCCAACUUCAUUUGGCAUUAAUAAGUGCAUAGAAGAAAUGAAAGAAGAAAGCAGACCUAUUAAGAUUGAUAGGAGGUUAACUGGUGCCUAUAUAAUUGAUGAACCUCUGCAACAAAUCAUUCAAUUUUCCUUGCGUGACUAUGUCCAGUAUUGGUAUUAUACACUAAGUGAUGAUGAAUCUUUUCUUCUUGAAAUCAGGCAGACUCUCCAAAAUGCACUAAUUCAAUUUUCUUCUAGGACAAAAGAAAUAGAUUGGCAGCCUUAUUUUACUACUCGAAUUGUAGAUGAUUUUACUACUCAUCUUAGAGUAUUCAGAAAAGCUCAGCAAAGAAUAACUGAAAGAGAUGAUCAGAUUAAAGAUGGAGCAGAAGAUCUUGUAGAUACAUUUUUUGAAGUUGAAGUUGAAAUGGAAGAGACCAUCUGUCGUGAUCUAGUCUGCACAUCUCCCAAAGAUGAAGAAGGAUUCCUAAGGGAUCUGUGUGAAGUUUUACUGUAUUUAUUGCUACCUCCUGGAGACUUCCAGAACAAGAUCAUGCGAUAUUUUGUCAGGGAAAUCCUUUCUCAAGGAAUUCUUCUUCCAUUAAUAAAUCAGCUCAGUGAUCCUGAUUAUAUUAAUCAGCAUUUCAUAUGGAUGAUUCGUGAUUCAAUUUGCAAUUAUGAGGCCUUUAUGAACAUUGUUAAAGUAAGUGAUAAAGUAGGAGAGUUAGAAGCAGUAAGGGAUAAAGCCACAGAAGAACUGCAGUAUCUUCGUUCCUUGGAUACAGCUGGAGAUGAUAUUAACAAUAUAAAAAAUCAAAUAAACAGCUUACUCUUUGUGAAGAAAGUAUGUGAUUCAAGAAUACUGAGGCUACAGUCAGGAAAAGAAAUAGAUACUGUGAAGCUGGCUGCAAAUUUUGGAAAACUUUGCACAGUCCCUCUGGACAACAUUCUAGUAAACAAUGUUGCACUACAAUUUUUUAUGGAUUACAUGCAGCAGAUGGGAGGUCAGGCACAUCUUUUUUUCUGGAUAACUGUAGAAGGAUACAGGGUUACAGCUCAGAAACAGCUAGAAGUAUUGCUGAAUCAUCAGAAAGAUGGAAUGCAUCAAACAACACAAACCAAAGGUCUGUUAAGAACAGCUGCAGUUGGAAUAUAUGAACAGUAUUUGUCAGAAAAGGCUUCUCCAAGAAUUAAUAUUGAUGAUACAUUGGUAGCAAAGUUGGAAGAAAAGCUGAAUAAUGAGGAUCCAACUCCUGAAAUUUUUGAUCAGAUUCAAAGAAAGGUAUAUGAAUUGAUGCUGCAGGACGAAAGAUUCUAUCCUUCAUUCAAACAGCAUGCACUUUAUGUACGAAUGCUUGCUGAGCUAGAUAUGCUAAAGGAUCCUAGCUUCAGAGGAUCAGAUGAUGGUGAAGGAGAAUCAUUUAAUGGAUCUCCUACAGGCAGCAUUAAUUUGUCAUUGGAUGAUCUUUCAAAUGUGACUGCUGAUGAGUCCAUACAGCUACAUGCGUGCAUUUCAGAUACUGUCUAUGCUGAUUAUGACCCAUAUACUAUGGCAGGAGUUUGUAACGACCAUGGGAGGACAUAUGCAUUAUAUACUAUAACUGUUCAACGUCGAACUGCGACUGCUAAUGAUGAAUGGAAAACGUAUCGCCGCUACAGUGAUUUCCAUGACUUCCAUAUGAGAAUCACUGAACAGUUUGAAAACCUAGGAAAUUUAUUGAAGCUUCCUGGUAAAAAAACAUUCAACAAUAUGGAUAGAGACUUUUUAGAAAAAAGGAAGAAAGAUUUAAAUUCAUACUUACAGCUUUUGCUAACACCUGAAGUGAUGAAAGCAUAUCCAGCUUUAGCACACUAUGUAUAUGACUUCUUGGAAAACAAGGCAUACAAUAAAGAGAAGGGAGAUUUUGCUCGGAAGGUGGACACAUUUGUAAAUCCACUGCGUAACUCUAUGAGAAAUGUUUCAAAUGCUGUCAAGUCCUUCCCUGACAGCUUCACAGAGGGGAUGACAAAAAUGUCAGACAACAUGGGCAAAAUAUCAGAAAGAUUGGGACAAGAUAUAAAGCAAUCAUUUUUCAAGGAGCCUCAAUUAAUGCAGAAGACAUAUGUUGAUCCUAAACACUGCCGGGUUUCAGCACACCUAGAUGACAAUGUAGAAGACAAUGUACCUCUUAAAAUAAUGCUGCUACUCAUGGAUGAAAUAUUUGAUCUGAAGGAGAGAAAUCAGUGGCUACGGCGGAAUAUCAAAAACUUGCUUCAGCAACUGAUUAGAGCAAUGCAUGGAUAUACAAUAAAUAAAAAAAUAGUUGAUCAUGUUGAUUGGAUGACAUCUCCUGAACAAGUAGCAGAUGCAGUUAAACGGUUUAGAGACGCCUUUUGGCCAAAUGGCAUUUUAGCUGAAACUGUUCCCCACAGAGAUAAUGCAAUCAGAAUGCGAACAAGAAUUGCUGCAAAAACAAAACUGCUGGGAGUAAUGCCUGAUGAGUUGAAGCAUAUCCUUGGUGCUGAGACAACAAGAAAAGGCAUUCUCCGAGUCUUUGAAAUGUUCCAGCAUACUCAGCUAAAUAGGAGGAUGGUAUAUGUUUUCCUGGAGGGCUUCUUGGAAACCUUAUUUUCAGAGUACGGAUUCCGUGAUCUCUUCAAAAAAUUGCAUUCACACUCAAAGCAGAUGCAGCGAUAUAAACAUAAACUACAAUCUACACAAGCACCUUCUUUACAGAAAAGGUGACACUCCAUACUAUAAAAUUGGUGUCCAUUUGCCCAGGACUUGGGCAUAUUCUCUGGGGCUUAAAACUCAUGCUGUUAUUCUUACACCAAUCUUUUAGCGUCAUAUAUUAGAUUAUUAAUACAUCCAUAAGAAAUGUGGUUCUUCUCAUCUCUAAUGCAACCACUACCUUGAACUGAAUUCAUGUGUUUUAAAUGAUUUGGUGUAUCUUCGUGCAACAUUGAGAAGAAAACUAAUCUGCUCUGCGAGAAUGUCUGUCUUUUCCACUCCUCACAGAAUUUAAUUGCCAACAAUGAAAAAUGCUUUAUUGGGUCCACUGAGUAAAGUAAAGCACAAUUAUUGGGGUAGCAAUGGAGGACUUGACCGCUUUGCUUGGAACUGGGAGACUGUGCAAUGUGAGAAUCAGGUGUGAUUUGAUUUGUAUUAUGACUAUCUCCAGAGUCCCUAGCUCUGAAGAAGUUGGGCUAGCAUGAUGAGAAGUCUGUUGGAACAAACGGUUGUGAAAAAUGCUAUGCCCCCAAAUUAUAUUUCCAAACUAGGUGUGACAUGUGCAAAAACUUUAUGAACUUAUUUAAAAAAAAACAAUUUUGGUCAGGUUUACUAUUCAGUGGGGUAGGUUAGAAGAACAAAAAAUAGACAUAGGUUUAAGGGUCUUGAUACGUUCUUAAACUAUAGUCCAUGUAGGCUACAUAUAACUUUUAAAGGAGAAGGCUCAAAAUAACAUUUAAGAAGGGAAGGGCUUAACAUUAGAACAAGGAUUAUCACAUUUAUUUACUUACUAACAAUCUGGGAGACUAAGGGGAGAAGCAAACAAAAAUACUACACUCUUGACAUUAGGAGCUUCUUUGAAAAGAAUUGUAGUACAUGACAUUAAAAAAUCACCCUGAUACAUUGACCUCAGCUGGUAAAUUACUAAAAUGAAUUGUUUUUACUGACAUGAAAGUCUUACGGACUUCCCUGAAUAGUCAUCUGGAAACAGUGGCAAGUUCCUGAAUGCACUGUAGUGUAUAUAUGGAAAAAAAUAAGCAUGACUGUAAUAGUUUUUAAUAGUUUUUUUUUAUUUUUUGCAUAAUAUAAAAUUUUAAUAAAUCUCUUCUACAUGGAAUGCCCCAUCUGCCAUCUUUACUUCCAACAUAAUGUCUAAUUAAGAAUGAAGUAAUAAUUGACUGGACUUGGACUUAACAUCUUUUUUUUUUCUGAUGUUUCUUCAAGGACCCCUGAGACUUCCAAGGAGGUACAGGUUAUUUGUUUCAACUUCAAAAUAUUAUGUUAUGUGGUCUAUUUAAAAAAGAUGUUUAAAUCCCCCCAAAUACCCAAAAUAAAAUAUUCAUUUAAUUCUCUGAUAUUGAACAUUUUCAUUAAAAUGUUUGGUUUUGAUUAACAUGAUUUCUUCUGAAGAAAUGUUUGAGUUUGGCUGUAAAUACAGUACUGAAGUUGCCAUUUAGUAACUUACAUUCAGGAGAAAAUAAUCUGCAACUUCAAGAGAAAGGAAAGGUGAAAGGAGUAAUCAAGAAAGGCUUUGGUUCAACAAUAUGAAGUUUGCUUAGCACUGGCCAUAUUGAAAAAGAGAUUUUUUACGUCUUCGUUAUAAGAAGCAUGUGCUCAAUUGCAAUCGAGUUUUUUUAAAAAACUAUUACUAUUAUUAUUACAGAUCUACAUACUGUAUGUGUAAUACCAUUUAGUGGUAGCAGGACAGUUUAAGAUAAAAUACAUGAAAUAUCAGUUACCUGUCUGUUGUGCCCCAUGUUUUUAAAUAAAGGUGACAGUUGACCUUAAACUUUUUCAUAUGCACAUUCUUUGAAACAUUUCUAAUUCUUGGUUUUGUCUUUUUCCCCUUUCUCAAUGAAAAGAUAAAAAUAGUUUGGCUAUACAAAAUUGUAAUGAGACUUACAUAUAUAAAUGGUUUUAUUUUUUUAAAAAAAUCAAAAUUAUUUUACAUAGAAAGAUAGGAUAUCAGUAAAAUGCUAUGGUUAAACUUUAACCAUAAACUAGCAUAUGGGUGCUCUGUCCAUUUUGAAUGAAUAUUUGGUCCUUUGACUUGCCACUGCAGUUUAAACUCAUAUCCUCUCAACAGGCCGAUAUCACCUCUAAAUGUCUGUGUGUUCCAGGCAGUUGAUUUCUAAAGUAGUAGACAACCAAAAUCUACAUAGACCUUCAGACAAAGGAAGCCUAAUAGGGAACAAGUUAGAACAUGCCCUGGAUUUCUUUCUUAAAUUUGAAUUAAUCCUUGUAGAUUACCCCAGAUCUAAAAUACAAAUAGACUAACCAGCAAUCAUUAAAUAGAAUGUAUCUCUUACCCAUGAGUAUCAUCUCUAGGUUUUAGGAUUAUUCUCAGUUGUUGACAUUUGAAAUUUAUUUCUUAGCCAUAAAACCUAUUCAUUAAGGAAACAUAAUACGUCCUUUCUGUUAACAAUUAUUGCACCAUAGCAUUUUGUUAUCUGUAUUUAAUUUCAAAAUGUGCCCACAGGGAGGAACCAUCAGUUGUAUACAUUGUCCUAAUAAGUUACUAUGUACAGCUAACAUGUGAUCCAUUGACAUUAUAUGAACUGUGGCCCCAUCAUUUUAUACCCUUUAAAGCAUCCACAGAAUUUAUUAUAUUAUUGCUACACAUAAUUAGCCACACACAUCCCAGCCUGAGAAUGCUGUGACUAGCCUCUGAAAAUAAAUGUGCCAUGUCCAACAAAUGCACUUAUUUAGCCUUAAUUUAAAGAGAAUGGACAGUAAGGUUGAAUAUUUCAUAUAGUUCAUCCUCAAGCUUCUGCCUCUGGUGUUGCUAGAACUAAACAAUUUUAAUGCUACCAGAAAGUGUAAUAAUUUUUAAAAAUAAAAUAUGAACUCCACUCUCAAUUCUAAUUUUAGUGCAAUAUUUUCAUGUAACGCAUGUGUAUUUGAAUAAUUGUAAAAAAAAAAGACAUUUUUAAGGUUUUGAGAUCAAAGGUAAACUAUCUUAACUAACAAUGUAUAAUAUUCUGUUAUUGCUGCUGUGUUGGCUUAUCUAAGGACUUGUUUUAAAAGUCUGGUUUGUCACUCCUUGUAAAUCUUCUCUGUGCUCAAAUGAGCAUGGUUCUUACUUUACAAGGAGCAAAAUCUAAAGAGCACAUCAACAUGUAGAUGUUAUAUAAGUGACAUGUGCAUAUAAUUGUACAGUAUGUGUCAACUGCGUGCCUAAUAGUUCUAUCAAUAUGCUUUUCUUUAACAAAGAAUGGGGAAAAUGGAAUGCUGUGGUCUUUCUUGUUCUGAACAGCUGAAAACUCUAAAUUUUAUUUGGAGUUUCCAUUAUGUUUGUCCAAUGAAGGAGCUUGGAAAAAAAGUACACUAAUAAAGCAUUAACAAGAAAUA